AUGCGACCAUGGCCAAAGUUUCUAGCAAUUAAAGCAAUCAUCUUUUUUACCUAUUGGCAGUCUGUCAUGAUUAGUAUGUUGGUGAGUGUUGGUGUGAUUUCGGAAAAAUGGCAUAUUGGCUGUCCAGACUGUUGGGAUGCGCACAAAAUUGCCUCGGCAUUGAACGACUUUGUCAUUUGUGUUGAAAUGCUCGGUUUUGCCGUCGCACACCAUUACGCAUUUGCCAUUGAAGACUUUUUGUCGCCAUCAGGCACAGCAGGCAUCAGUGUCUCGUCUUCAAAUGUCAAGGCACCGCUGCUGGCGAAUUUCAUGGAUGCAAUCAAUGUCACGGACGUGUCCACGGAUCUCAAAAAUUCACGACAUGAUAUUUUGACCAAGAAACAGGCACUGGCUGCCAAGUUUGAGCGCUUUAAUUCUUUGUCAUCUGGUGAUGGCAUGUUCUGA